AUGGCAAAUGGCCAAUCUUCGGUCCCCAACAUGCCCAACUUCCCCGGAAAGGAACAUUUCCGUGGGAAGGUCAUCCAUUCGGUUGACUUUGGCCAAUCUGACGUCGUCCAAGACAAGUCGAUCCAACACAUUGCCGUUAUUGGCGCGGGAAAGUCGGCUGCCGAUAUGGUGUAUGAAGUAGUCAAGGCGGGCAAGACCGUAUCGUGGAUUAUUCACGAAACCGGGAACGGCUCACUUGGAGCUGCAGCCUUCGCACCUAUUGACUUGCCCACGCCGUACAAGAACGGAGAUGCUAACAUUUCCAACUAUAAUUUGGCAGAAAAAACCGCUGGAGGCUGUCACUUCGCAGACUUCUGGCCCCUUGUCGCGGAGAAGGUCUAUGUAUAUCGUGGCGACGUAAAGCUUCUAGACGGAAACGAAUUGUAUCUCAACGACAAGAACGGCACGCACUUCCCUUGUGAUGCUGUCCUCUGCGGAACAGGCUGGAAAAGCGGACUUGAUAUGUUCGAAAACCAUACGCUCAUGGAGCUAGGGUUACCAUAUCCCAAAGAUAUUGAGCCACAAGAGGUAACUGCAAAGUGGGAAAAGCUCGUUGGCAAGGCAGACGAGCAGGUCCUCAGAAGAUUCGUCAUGCUCAGAAAUCCGCCAAAGCACUAUCAUAAGUAG